GCCUGGGGUGAAGGACAGGUUGUGUCAACAGCAGGGUGUUUACAAGGAAGAGCCUUGCCAGGAGCCGAUCACCGAGCCACUGGGGCGGUCCAGGGUCCAGAGCCCCGGUCUGGGCAUCGGGCAGGCCCGCAAGGGCCCCGCAGCUGCUCCCAUGCGGGUUGAGGCUGCGCUGCGGAGGUCAGCACCAGGCAGCAGUGGGGACGCUCCCCCAGAGGGGCGCUGGCACGGCCACAAGGCUUCGGAGAAGGAUUUCCCGCCUGGGUGCACCCUCUUCACCCCCCAGACCAUUCCUGCCCAAGGAGACCCUCCUGGCGGGCCCACCGAGAGCCUCCAGUCCAGCGAGGCGGCCCCCAGGCAGCGGAGCGCGGGCCCGGGGAGAGGCCCCGGCAAGUCCGGCGAGCGCGGCGAACACCCACGGGCGAACCGGCAGCGGGGGGCCGCGGCCGGGGCCGGCCUCUUGGCGUGCGGCGAGUGCGGGAAGGCCUUCCGGCGGAGCUCGUCCCUGACCCUGCACCGGCGGUGGCACGCCCGGGAGAAAGCCUACAAAUGCCACGAGUGCGGCAAGGCCUUCACCUGGAGCACCAACCUCAUCGAGCACCAGCGCAUCCACACCGGGGAGAAGCCGUUCUUCUGCGGCGAGUGCGGGAAGGCCUUCAGCUGCCACUCAUCGCUGAAUGUGCACCACCGGAUCCACACGGGCGAGCGGCCCUACAAGUGCAGCGCCUGCGAGAAGGCCUUCAGCUGCAGCUCGCUGCUCAACAUGCACCUGCGCGUGCACACGGGCGAGAAGCCCUACCAGUGCGGCGCGUGCGGCAAGGCCUUCAACCAGAGGACGCACCUGACGCGCCACCAGCGCAUUCACACCGGCGAGAAGCCCUACCAGUGCGGCGCAUGCGGCAAGGCCUUCACCUGCCACUCGUCCCUGACCGUGCACGAGAAGAUCCACAACGGGGACAAGCCGUUCAAGUGCGGCGAGUGCGGCAAGGCCUUCAGCAGCCGCUCGCGCCUCACGCUGCACCAGCGCAUCCACACGGGCGAGAAGCCGUUCAAGUGCGGCGAGUGCGGCAAGGCCUUCAGCUGCCACUCCUACCUCGUCGUGCACCAGCGCAUCCACAGCGGCGAGAAGCCGUUCAAGUGCAACGAGUGCGGCAAGGCCUUCAGCUCCCACUCCUACCUCAUCGUGCACCAGCGCAUCCACACCGGGGAGAAGCCCUUUGACUGCAGCCGCUGCUGGAAGGCUUUCAGCUGCCACUCGUCCCUCAUCGUGCACCAGCGCAUCCACACUGGGGAGAAGCCCUACAAAUGUGGCGAGUGCGGCAAGGCCUUCAGCCAGAAUCACUGUCUCAUCAAACAUCAGAAGAUCCACGCCGGGGAGAAGUCAUUCAGAUGUAACGAGUGUGGGGAAAUGUUCGGCUGGAGCGCCCACCUCAUGGAACACCAGAGAAGACACAGCGAGGAGAAGCCCUUUGCCAUCCAGUUCAACGAGCACCUGCUGAGCACUUACUACGUGCCGGGAGGCCUGCUAGGCGCGGGGGGCGCGGGCGUGAGCAGCGUGGGUCCGAUUGAUGCCCUGGACGUGGCAAAGCUCCUGUGUGCAGUGCAGCCCUCAGCCGGCAGGACUUCACCGCUGGGCAGCGAGCCUGGAAAUUAGUGCGGUGUGCCCACCCUCAGCCUCGCUCCUUCCCUAGAAAGCACGGCAGCUCGGGUAUGCACAGCCUGCCCGUGCCUCCACAGUAGAGACUGGCCCUGCCGCCUGUGCCCAUGUCCCACGUGCUGGGACAACUCUCUCAGAGGUCAUCGCCACCCCAGCGAGCA